AUGGCACCAGACAGGGGAGACGCAAGACCGACGGCGACUUCGUCAAGAGCAUGGAAUGCACUCACUCCUUCUCUGUCGGACUGGAUUCUCGACGCCACUACAAGCAUGGGAUUCACCAAGAUGACCCCAGUACAAGCAUCAGCUAUCCCUCUUUUCAUGACCCAUAAGGAUGUGGUAGUUGAAGCUGUCACGGGAAGUGGUAAAACACUGGCGUUCCUCAUCCCAGUCGUCGAAAAACUCCUGCGACUGGAAGAACCCAUCAAGAGACACCACGUUGGAGCAAUCAUCGUUUCUCCUACUCGCGAGCUGGCCAGUCAGAUCUACAACGUCCUAAUCUCGCUUCUCAGGUUUCACAGCCCUUCCGCUGCUCUUCUGGGACAUUCAGAAGAUUCGGAAUCAGAGGAUAGUGAGCCGAAAAGUCGGGCACAGAGCUCUUCUGCCCUGAAGGUAAUCCCUCAGCUACUGCUUGGCGGCUCAACUACCUCAGCACAAGACCUGAGCUUGUUUCUUAAAAAUUCACCAAAUCUACUUAUCUCCACACCUGGACGCCUGAUUGAGAUUCUGUCCUCUCCUUAUGUUCACUGUCCGCAAUCGUCAUUCGAAGUAUUAGUUCUUGACGAAGCAGACAGACUGCUAGAUCUAGGCUUCAAGGACGAUCUUCGAAAGAUAUUGACACGUCUACCCAAGCAACGGCGGACCGGACUUUUCAGUGCAAGCGUCAGCGAAGCCGUCGAUCAAAUAAUUCGCGUUGGUCUUCGCAAUCCGGUUAGAAUUGCGGUCAAAGUCAAGGGUGCUAAUGGAGCUUUGGACAAACGCACACCAGCCAGCCUACUAAUGAGAUAUCUUAUUACCAGCCCCAGUAAUAAAUUCUUAGCGCUGAAGAGUGUUCUUCUUCGCAUGACUCCUUCUCCAUCGAAAGUAAUCGUCUAUCUUUCUACAUGUGCAGCUGUGGAUUAUUGGCAACACCUUCUCCCCUCCACAGUGCUACCAGAUGGCAUGGUACUGGUGCCAUUACAUGGAAAGCAUCCUGCAAAUGUCCGAGAGAAGAAUUUUAUCCGUUUCGCCAAUGCGGCGUGUCCAGCUUUACUCCUUACCACCGAUGUUGCUGCAAGGGGCCUUGACAUUCCCCAGGUCGACCUGGUCGUUCAGAUAGAUCCGCCAUUAGACCCUAAAGUAUUCCUACAUCGCUGUGGUCGUGCUGGGCGAGCUGGUCGGAAAGGACUGAGUGUGAUAUUCCUUCAACCUGGAAGGGAGGAAGACUAUAUCUCGUUUCUCGAGGUUCGCAAGACUCCUGUAGAGAAACUGACCCAACCUGAUACCAGCAUGCAGCCGGAAGAAUCCGCACAAAUGGCUUCCUCGUUGCGCAAGCUGGUCUUGAAGGAUAGGGCACUUCAUGACAAAGCCCAGAAGGCCUUCGUGAGUUGGGUACGCAGCUACAGCAAGCACCAAGCGUCCUCCAUCUUUCAGGUGUCAGAUCUUGAUUGGGGGAAUUUGGCACAGGGCUGGGGACUGCUCAAGCUACCUAAAAUGCCUGAAUUGAAAGGGUGGGAUCGAAAGAACUACCAGGCUGUGGAGGUGGAUUGGGACAACUACUCUUACAAAGACAAGAAACGAGAACAACACCGUAAAGAAGCAUUGCUACAGGAAAGGUUAGGCGACCCACAACUCAAGGCAGCCGGAAAGCGCUUGAAGCGCAGUAGCAGUACUGCAUGGUCACAGAAUAUGGAACACAAAGCCGACAGAGAAGCACGUCGAGCCAAGAGGCAAGCCCGCCGUGAGCAGGGGCGAUUCGAGAAAUUGAGUCAAGAAGAAAAGAGUCAGAUUGCCGAAACCGAACAAAUGAUCGCCAAGGUCAAAAGGCAGACCGCAGCGAAAGCGUCUAUGGAUGAUACCUUCGAAGGGUUCGACUGA